AUGACAAUCACCGCCUCUCCUCGUCCUCUCCGUCCCAACGAGCGCAUUCUCACCAGCGAGGAUGGCGCAAUCCACACUCCAGCCCGUGCUCCCUCCCCAGUCCACCAAUUCGGCACACUGGCGGUCCACGCCGGAUCACCUCACGACCCCUCCACCGGCGCCGUCAUCGAGCCACUCUCCCUCUCCACCACCUUCGCCCAGACAGCGGUAGGCAAGCCAGUCGGGCAGUACGAAUACAGUCGGAGCGCGAACCCGAACCGCGACAACUUCGAGGAGGCCGUGGCGGCGCUCGAACACGCACGAUACGCCCUGGCAUUUGCGUCCGGGUCGGCGACGACGGCCACGAUCCUCCAGUCGCUCGCGUCGGGGUCGCACGUAAUCUCAGUGUCGGACGUCUAUGGCGGGACGCACCGGUACUUUACAAAAGUCGCGCUGGCGCACGGGGUCGAAGUGACGUUCUCGCCGUCGAUCGAGCUGGACGUCGAGGAGCUGAUCCGGGACCAACAGACCAAGCUCAUCUGGAUCGAGAGCCCGUCGAACCCGACGCUGAGCCUCGUCGACAUCCGACACGUCGCGACGGUCGCGCACCGGCACGGCAUCCUGGUUGUGGUCGACAACACGUUCCUCUCGCCGUACGUGCAGAACCCGCUGGACCACGGGGCCGACAUUGUCGUGCACUCGGUCACAAAGUACAUCAACGGCCACUCGGACGUGGUCAUGGGCGUGGCGGCCUUCAACUCGGACGAGCUCAAGGAGCGGCUGACGUUCCUCCAGAACGCCAUCGGCGCCGUCCCGAGCCCGUUCGACUGCUGGCUCGCCCACCGCGGGCUCAAGACCCUGCACCUGCGCGCCCGCGAGGCGAGCAAGAACGCCCUGGCCGUCGCCCGUGCCCUGGAGGCCUCGCCCAACGUCAUCGCCGUCAACUACCCCGGUCUCGACUCGCACGGCCAGCGGGCCAUCGCCCUCAAGCAGCACCGCGACGGCAUGGGCGGCGGCAUGCUCAGUUUCAGGCUGAAGGGGGGCCACCCGGCCGCGGAGCGCUUCUGCCAACAGACCAGGAUCUUCACGCUGGCCGAGAGUCUCGGCGGCGUCGAGAGUCUGUGUGAGGUGCCCAGCGCCAUGACGCACGCCGGCAUCCCCAAGGACCAGCGCGAGGCCAUCGGCGUCUUCGACGAUCUCGUGAGGUUGAGCUGCGGAAUCGAAGACGCCGACGAUCUCACAAAGGACGUCCUCCAAGCUCUCGAGAAGGCCGUCGUCGGACCAAAGAUCUCGAACGGCGUCAAUGGAGCAACUGCCACCGGUAGCGGUAUACCAAGAAGAUGA